AUGGAACCUCAAAACCCGCCACUUUUCAGAAUCCAAAACCCAAACCCAAACCCAAAUUCUCUCCCUAAUAAUAAUAAUGUUCCAGGUCAGAACGACGUCGAUCUGAUUAUAGAUUCGUUCCUCUCGUUGCCGGAUUUGCCUUCGUUACCGUCGCCGCUCUCCAUUGACUCCUCCUUCGAUCGAGCGGUUGAGAAAUUGUUCGAAGCUUCUGGCGGCGAUGACUCCGUUCACGAUCGUAUCACUGAUCGAACACUCCAACUCGCGUCGCUUCUUCAAGACUCCAUCAGACGUGUAUCCCGAAAGCGCGCUUCUCUCCACAAUUCCAAUUCCUGGCCACUCCCUCAUGAACUCACCAUUAAGGUCUUUUCUAUGGUUGAUACAAAAUCUCUGAUGCAAGUUAUGGCUUGUUGUACCUUGUUCCAACAAUCUGCCAUGGACUCAUUUUGUUACACCAACAUUGACUUGACAACCGUAAAUGUUGGAAAUAGAGUUGUGCGUAGUAUGAUCCUUAAUGCUGGAAAAGAACUCAGAUCCCUAAAAGUUGGUUGCCGGGAUAUAGCUGCGAAUUCUUUGCUUACAGGAUCUUUUCUUGCUGCCCUAUGUUAUAAUCAUAGUUUACUUGGGAAUCUCUUGAGAAGCCUACACAUUUAUAACCUCUUGGAGACCAAGUCCUUAUGUCGUGCAUUGUUGGUCUGCUCAAAUCUAACCGAUUUAAAGAUUGUUGGACUGAAUAUUCAGUCGCCAUUAGAUAGCGUAUUAGAUUGUCUCACAAGAAAAUGUCAGCAUCUGUUCUUAGAGACAGAGAUUGGUAGAUCGAGCUAUAUAUGUGGUUUGUCCUUUGAGAGAAACUGCCCGAAUUUAACUUCACUAUCACUUAUAGGUUAUAACAUAAGUGAUAGAAACGCCUACCUUCUUAUUAAUGGUUUGCGUAAGCUGAAGUACUUGAACCUAUCGAGAACAUAUGAAAUCAAAGGAACCUUUUUCAGUGAUGUGAACCAUGACUGCAAAGACUCUCUGAUCGAGACUCUGAUAUUGCGAGACUGCAAAUCUCUUGAGCAGAGAAAUAUUUGCCGGUUUUUGGAUUCGCUACUCAGAGGACACUUCAGUUUCAUUCGACAUAUUGACGUUUCAAAUAACGCCGGAUUCACUUAUGAUGAGUUCAGGAUAUGUAGUAAACCAGAAUUUCUUCUGAAAAAGCUGAAUGAAGAAAGACCAGGUCUCACUUUUGUGGCAGAAUUUAGAUCACCAUCGUCAUCAUCAUCAUCAUCAUCAUCAUCAUCAUCAUCAUCAUCAUCAUCAUCUUCUUCAUCAUCCUCAAGCUCAGAAGAUUCUUCUUCCAGUAGUGGAACCGACGACGAGGACGGGGACGACUGACGUGUUACUUGUGAAUUUGUGAUAAUGGUCUCGUCUUGUAUUUUUUUUGGCCAUCUAUGGUCAAAAAAUCCAUUUAUUUUUGCUGGAUCUUGCAUUCUAAAGUUACAUUCUAGUUUACGUGAAUCAACCAAUUUCUAAAAAUUUAAAAGUUGAAAAA